UGUGGCCAGAGGUUGAGACAACUGUGACGUAAAUAAACACAGUCAGUUGCCAGGGCUGUGCUGGCCCCACCUAGUAGCUAUGUGGCUCUUAGUCCACCUCUGCUGACACUCGCAUGCUCCACUCUCUUCUAACCAUCUGUAUUUUGUGGACCCUUUAAAUAUGGCUGUCAACAUGUAUUACUCGUCUGAGAGCUCUGACAGUGAGAACACUGUGGAGUCCUCCAGUCUGGACUUGUCUUACUUGAUGCUGGACACUGACUCCCUGGCUGUGCACCUCAAGAACAGUGUCCGGGAGCAACAUCUGCAACGCAGGGAUGUGCAAUACUAUGCAACACCAGGCACCAGUAAUGGGAAGGAGAGUGAGGGAGGCAGUGAUGGUGGGACUCGUCCCAGGACUGGCAUAGAGGACCUCAACACCAGACUCUCUCACUCCUCACUCACAGACACAGACCUCGACAACAUUCACGAUACAGUCACACAGAAACUCCUGCUGCAACACAACAUGCUCUUAACCUUACCCUUCGAGAUUAUGAAGUUUUCCAAGCUACGAAGUUUAGAUCUGUCCAGUAAUAACCUGACACACGUCAAUGACUUUCUGCUUCAGCUGCCAGAGUUACAGACAUUGUUGUUGCACAAUAACAGUUUGACUGAUGAUGGUCUCCCUAAAGACAUGUCAGUUCUCACUAAGCUUAGGGAAUUGAACCUAAGUGGAAACCUACUGACAAGAAUGCCUAAUCAGUUGUAUGAAAUGAAUGGACUUAAAUAUUUGUAUCUUGGAAACAAUCAGAUCACAGAUGUGCUUCCAGAUAUCAAAGCUAUGCAAAGUUUACAGGUACUGAACCUUGGUGGUAACCGACUGGAAACUGUUCCUGAUGAACUUGGUGAACUACAACAACUUGGAUCUCUGGUUUUGUGUGACAACCGUCUCCGGAAAUUGCCUAGAAGCAUCUCCAACCUCACUCGGUUACGCUCUCUCCUUCUUCAUAAGAACAACCUCUGCUGCCUACCUGUUGGGGCAGUUAAGCUGAGGGGUCUUAUGGAGCUCAGUCUUCGUGAUAAUCCUCUUGUGACAAGAUUCGUAAAUUCAUGUGCCCGGGAACUUAUGUACAAUCCACCUUCCCUGCUGGAACUCGCUGCUCGAGUUAUUAAGCUGAAGAAGGUUGAGUACACCUCGCAAGACCUGCCUCAAACUCUUGUAACAUACCUCAGUAAUGGCCAGCGAUGUGUAAAUCCAAAAUGCAAAGGUAUGUACUUCACAUCUUGUGUAGAGCACAUCAAGUUUGUGGAUUUCUGUGGAAUGUAUCGAGUUCCACUGAUGCACUACCUUUGUUCAUCCCGAUGCUCUUCAAAGACUCCUGAUUACUAUCGUGCCCUGUCUGAGUCAGAUAGUGAAGAGGAUGAACCUGCUGCCAGGAUGAAGCGAGUUCUGUUGGGCUAGCCAGGUUGUCUUUCAUUUUUCUGCUUCAUCUUUUGCUCACAUAGUGUGCUAGUUAACAUAUUGGUAGUGUGAGCUUUGUCUCUUAACUGUAAUAUGGAUUAAAUGCAUUGAAGUGCAUGCUUUGGGCAGUUGCUAAUGUUUUAAAUGGAGGUUUUUGGGUAAGAUUUUUAUUUUUUUAUACAAGAGAGAGAGAGGUUGAGAUCAAUCCUGGUUAUAUUUUUCUAGGGUGUACAGCAUGAGAAUAGAUUUAAUGAAACUAAGUUUGAAGCCUUUUAAUUAAAAAUACUGUAUAACACCUUGUUUAUAACCCAGGUCAUAUAGGAAGAUUGGGUUAAAAAAACAGUGUUCCAUGUAGCAAUGUAUUGUAAAUGUUUGGAAAAAUUUUAUUUUUUUUAUCUGUUUACAUUUGAAGUGUAAUUGGAUGAAUUAUAAUUAUCAUAUUAAUAUCAGUAUGUUAGUAAGGUAUCUUCACUUUGGAUACCUUAUGGUUUUGCCCUUAUUCAUUCCUUCACUCCCAUCCCCCUCACUGCCAUUUCAUUUCUAGGCAAUUUGUUGAAAAUACCACUGACUUGUAACAUGGUGUACAACACUUUAUGUUCAUAUAAUGAUGCUUCUUAUUAAAGCUGGGCAAGGUUGCUCCCUGAUGUCUGCCUUCGGAAUUAAUUUUAAGCUUAUCGUGGAGUUGGGAAGAAGGGUGUCUGUGUUGCUGUGUUGGAAUUACUCAAAGCAAGCAGAACCACUCAGAACUCGCUACACAUUCCUUAAUAACAGAUAAUAGAUUAUUAUAGAUGAUUAUUAUUAUCAUAGGUAAUCAUUAUUGUUUAACAUUUUUGAUAAUAUAGGUACCCAUUAUAGAUUAUUGUUAGAGAAUUAGUAAUGAUUUAAGUAAUUAUCAUUAUAUACAUUUAAAGAUAAUUAUCAUAUAUUUAGCAAUAAUAAUGGUACUGUAUUACCUUUAAAAGUUUAGCACUUUUAUUAAUAUAAUAAUAAUGAUAUUUAAUAUAGAUAAUCAUUGGUGGUUAUCUUAUAACCACCGAGGCAAAGAAAUACACAGAAUGAUGUUGAUUUUAGUGUACAAAGAUUAGUUUUGGUUUUAGUGUUUGUGAGGUAUUUAAGGAAAUAUAUUCUACCUCAGCUUCAUUCACUAAAUCUCAGAUAUAAAUAUUUUUUCAUAUUUGGUAUUGUCACUAAAGUUUACUGAUUUUUAAAUCAAAUUUGUGAUAUGUAAAAGCAAUUGUUACAAAAUACAAGUGGCUUUAAUUAGUUGUGAGGGCUGAUGUAAUAUGAUGUACUUUGAAUUAGUGUUAGCAUGUUCCCUUUGGUGUGAGCAGCCUUAAAACUGUAAAUAUUUCUAAGUGUUUUUUAUUCUAAGGAUUUUUAAAAUUAAUUUAAGAAGAUGCAUAUAUAUUAUGUAUUCAGCACAAUUCUGUUGUAUAUAUGGUAGAAAUAGGAGGGUUUAGUGGUGCUAAAACUGGAAAAAAUAAUUGGGGGAUAGGGAGAGAAAGAUUAAGAUAAUUUUAUAACAGAAUUGUAAUGUAAUUAAACCAUAUUUAGUUCUAGUCUGAGUUAUAAGAUUUCAUAGAGUGAGGUAAGGAAACUUUCAAAGCACAUUUAGUUAGUGCAACUUUUGAAGUUAUAAACUUCAUUUUUUAUUUUAGAAUAAAAUUUCACAAUGUGGCUGGAACAAUACACAAAUAACUUGCACUUAGGAGACUGAAGCUUCUUAAUGGUUCAGGUUGGACUGAAACAUUAUAAGUUUCAGUGUCCUAAGUGUGGGUUAUUUUACUUGCAUCAUUCUUAGUGCUAGAAAUUAUUGAAGCUGAGAAUGUUUUUUCUCCAUGGGGAAGUGUAACAGAAUUCUUCCUCCAUAAGCCAUGCAUGUCAUAAGAGGUGACUAAAAUGACGGGAGCAAAGGGCUAGUAACCCUUUCUUCUGUAUAUAUUACUAAAUGUAAAAGGAAAAACUUUCGUUUUUUCCUUGUGGGCCGCCCCACCUUGGUGGGAUACGGUUGGUGUGUUGAAAGAAGAAAGAAGAAUGUAUUUGCAUCAUGUUGUUUUAUCAGUUGCUGCUGAAUUUAUCUGAAGCAGGGUGUCAUAUGCAGGGUCCUUUCUAUGCAUAUUAAUUUGUACAAGUAGUGUAUGUGUGCAUAAGAGAUUCAUCACUUGUCAGUUCAUACUUUUGAGGCUCUACUCAUUACCAGCUGUUUUAAAGAAUGACUUGGGCUUUCAUAAUCGUAUACCAGUAUUUUUAGAUGGGAAAAACUGAUAAAUUGUACAUAGACAUGUAAUUUAUCACUCGGUGAAUGUAUUAUUAUACAAUACAGUUUAACAGCUUUCACAAAAAUGAAUACUGCCAGUGAAAUGAAUAAUGGUGCACCCUGUGUCUUGUGAAUGCUGUUCCUUUACAUGUACGAUAUUGUCAGAUAGAUCAUUUGGUGAAUAGCUGAAGAAUGGAUUUUCAACCUUUCAUUUGUUCUUAAAAUAAUAUUUAAUGAGUUACAGUUCUUGUAAAUUAAAUGAAAAGUUUCAUAAUUUAACAGUUUUCAAGAUCUAUUUGAGUACUGCACUACAUAUUGAUUUUAAAACAUAUGCAAAAUCUGUACAUUUGAUUUAAAUUUAUAUAUAAAAAUUUAUUUUCACUUGUCACUCAAUAAAUUUUUUCUUGA